GCUUCCAACAACUCAGUCCCGCUGUGAACGCAGCAAGGAACGCCACGGAUUUUCUCCCUACCGCUCUCUAAUAUAGUGUAUAUCGUACAACAUUCUUUGAUUCUAAAAAUCAUCUAAUAUUCGUUAUCGCGAAACAUCCACAAGUUAACAAAAAUAUAACAAAAUUCCUAAGCGAACAAUAUUACGAAAUUUGUUACAAAUUUUUCAAGAGAAAAAAAAGGAUAUUCAUCAAUGAACAGUGUUUAUUUACAUUCGUGAUUGUAACUGGAUUUGUGCUGAUUGCAAGUGCAUAUAGUGAGUGACCUUUGUGAAUUUUUUGUUUUUUUUUUUUUAUGAAUUAAGUGUGCGAGUCUUUUUUUCUUAUCCUAACUGAGGAAAUAGUGCAUUCCUAACUAAAAAAGGGAAUUCUAUCUAAAGAAGAAAUCCUAACUAAAAAAGGAAUACAAACUAUCCUAAUUGAGAAGUGAUUGAUCAAUUUCAACUCAAAAAGGAAUUGAUCUAGAGCAGUGAUCCAGUGACAGUUUUAAUUUAGAAAAUCAUGAAACGAGUCACGUUUAGCUGAGGUAUUAGAUUUAAUCAAUCCUUGUCUAAAAUUAUAGCUAGAUCUUAUAGCAAAAAACAAUCACAUUCAAACUGGAGGGAAUAAAGCAGGAGUUCACAAUGAUGAACCCCUUUCUAGAUGGGGUGUCAUCUCACCCUCAUCAUUUAGCAUCUCUUGGGAUUAAGUUGUCGCCUGGGAGCAGUCCUACCGGCUCUAUGGACGCAACAAAUGGAGUUCAACCAUCACCAGGUGAGGCUCCAGCGCAACAACAUCACCACCUCUAUCCCCAGAGUUAUGCCCCUCAUCACCCACACCCUGGUUCUCAUAUGGCACCUCACAUGGGACACCACAUGAGCCAUCAUCCAGGUUAUGCGGCUCGUGAUUUUCUCUUGCGAAGGGAACACGAAUUCAAUGCGACGGCAAAUGCAACAACACCCGAGAGUGGUUUGGGUUUAUUUACACCAUUGCAUCAUGAUGGUACUGCAAGUGGUAUGCAACAAUUUCCCCAUCAUCCUGGUCAACAUCCAUUGACAGCGACAAGUCACUAUCCGGGUCAUUAUCCACAGGAUAGUAGGCUACCACCACCACCGCCACCACCACCUCAUCAUCAGUAUUUAGGUACACCACAUUUGACACCCUCAAUUCAUCAUCAACAACAUCCCACGGUUAAUCAUCCAAGUCAUCAUCCACACGGUGCAUUUUUGAGGUACAUGCGAACUGGCGGCGGUGCUACGACAAAUAAUCAGAGGCAAGAGAUGCCAUGCAUGUGGGUUGAUCAGGAUACACCUGGAUCGGGAAGGAAGCUGUGCGGUAAGGUCUUCAAUUCGCUUCAUGACAUCGUGACGCAUCUGACAGUUGAGCACGUGGGCGGUCCAGAGUGCACGACGCACGCGUGUUUCUGGCAAGGUUGUUCCAGAAAUGGCAGGGCCUUCAAGGCCAAGUACAAACUCGUCAAUCACAUCCGAGUACACACUGGUGAAAAACCAUUUCCUUGUCCAUUUCCAGGAUGUGGCAAAGUCUUCGCCAGAUCGGAAAACUUGAAGAUUCACAAGAGAACACACACCGGAGAGAAACCUUUCAAAUGUGAAUACAGCGGGUGUGACAGACGAUUCGCAAAUAGCAGCGAUCGGAAAAAACACAGUCACGUCCACACGUCAGACAAGCCUUACAACUGUCGAGUUUCCGGCUGCGAUAAGUCCUACACCCAUCCGAGUUCAUUGCGCAAACACAUGAAGGUGCACGGAAUGACAUUGGGUGAUGGAAAACUCGGAGGCGGUUACGAGAGUGAGGGAGAAGAAAGUAGCAGUAGUGGAGGAAGUUUAUCAGUAACGGGACAAACGGAAUCGCCACAACCUCAAACAGUUGUAUCAGCAACAACAACAUUGACAACAAAUCCAACAACACAUCUAUCAUCUAGGGGUCCUGAAUUAACGGAAUGGUACGUCUGUCAACCAACAACAGUAGGUCCCCAACACAGUCCCCUACCAGGUCCACCGCCACAUCAUCUUGGUCAUCAUUUUAAUCCUUUGAUGCAUCAUCAAGCGACUGCGUAUUAGCCUAUCUUACUUGAUGAUGAAAAUCUUAAUCUGAUAAAAUCUGUCAUUAGAAAACGAUAAUAAUCCAUCUAUAUAGAUUUUUAAUAGUCACGAUUUGGCGCAAAAUUUCUUUUGGAUGAUUUAAAAAAAAAAAAUACAACAGGACUAGUCCAAAUCUGCAAAGUAUUCAUUAUAUUUAUAAAUCUAAAUCACUAAUGACAAAUAACGUGACUAGUUUCGUGAGGAUGAUCCAGAUUAAAUAUUUUUACGUCUACCGAUAUGGGAUUAGGCCAAUUGGGGAUCGCAUGGAUAUUUUUUUUUGUUGUUGUUGUUGUUCGAUGUUUCGUCAUCGAUGCUUGGCUGUGGAACCUUCUCUGCAAAAAUCGAAUGUUUGAAUCAGUUGGCAAAUUGGUUUGAUUGAAUUAUUUAUAUAUAUAUAUAUAUAUAUGUACGCACUUUUGUAAAAAAUUUAUUUUCAUUCAAAUUAGAUAUUAAUUAUUUUUUUAACACCAUCAGCGAUUUCUUUCCAUAUUUUUAUUUUCUUUUAUAAUUUAUGUAUAUAUUAAUUCUAAAUUUCUUUAUUUUUGAGAUUAAACGAAAUUUUUUUUGCUUUUAUAAGUAUGUAAAAUAUGCAUCGUGAAUCUGUGCUGGCGCAGAUAAUUAUUUCACUUUUUUUUUCGAAAAUUUGACAAUUAAAUUCGAUGAGAUAUCAAAUAAUCAUGCGGAAAGGAAAUACAAACCUUUUUUUUUUUUAAAUUCCUUUAUUUAAUUUAUUUUGAUAAAUUUGUUGUAACAGUAAUUUAAUUAAAGUGUAUUUAUUUUUAUCAGAUAUGUUACAUUUUAUAUAUAAUUAGCACAACAUUAAUUUGCAUACUUACUGAAACAAAAUUUAAAAUGUUUUUUCAACUUGUUACUGGAAUGUAUACCGUCUUUAAAAUCUUUAAAUUAAAUGUUUUUCCAUCGAAAAAAUUAAUGAAACCUAUUUUUGAAUACUUUAUAGAAUCGUAGAAUUUAAAUAAAUAAAAAAAAAAAAAAAAAAAAAAAAAAAAAAAAAAAAAAGAAGCUUGAUAUAUGGAAAUCGCAUUAGGUGAUUGUAUAAAAGUGCAACCACAUUUGUGCCUCAAUUUUACUUCAAACCAAAUAUAUAGCAACAGUUUCAAAACUUUCGAUGUGCACACGCCUAAAACGCUUCUUAAUAGUCGUCACGUGAAAUCUAGUAUAAUACCAACUAAGGAAUAUAUUUCUGUUUCUUUUCCCUUGACGUAUUUUUUUUUAAUAUUCUUAAUAAGUAACAUUACAACGAACAAAGUAAUUUAAAAAAAAGUAAAAAUUAAUUAUGAAAUCAGAAAAAUUUCACUGAUUUAAAUUGUAAACAGUAUAAUUUAAAAAAGCGCCAUUUUUUUUGUCAGUAUAUUAUUUAAAAAUUGUUUAGUUUCAUUGAAUCAAAUAUUGAAAAUUAAGAAUAUUAAAAAAUAAUUAACAACAUUGAAAGUGUAUUGCAAAAAAAUUGCAGAGGAAUAUUUUAUAGUCUAAGAAAAAAUAUUGCAAAAUAGUAAUUGAAAAGUGACAUAUGUGAAUUAUAGAUAAUAAAAAUAUAUAUAUAUAUAUAUAUAUAUAUUACAUAUACAUUUUUGGAACAAAAUAGGUGUAUAUAAUUUUUAUAAUUGUUUCAUAGCUAUAUAUGUUUUACUAUAUAGAUGUAAUAUUUUUACUUAGAAAUUAUUUUCGAAAUGGAAAAUUUUUUGUAAAUAUUGUGUGAAAGACUAUGUUUUGAUUAAAAAAGUAAAUAAAUAAAACAAACAACUAGUGCUACUUGUAAGAUAUGUACUGCGAUUUAAUUGUGUGAUAUCCUGUACAUAUUAGUUAUUUAAAACAAAAAUUGUAAGACAUUGAAUUAUAUAUAUAUAUAUGUAUGAUGUGAGAAAAAUUAUUAAGGAAUGACUGAGCGAAACCAUAUAGAUUUAAGUAAUUUUAUUGUAACAAUAUUUCGUUGUGUAUACUGUAUAUGCUUUUUAGAAUCGUGGAAAAGCAGUGACUGUACCAUAUAAUAUUUGUUUUUCAAAGAUUCGAAAUAUAUUGACGAUGCGAGGUAUACUGAAA